AUGAAAAUUCGUCAUCAAGAGGUUUUUAGGCCAUUUUACCUUGUACCCAUAGAGGCCUUUAAAAUCAUUGCUCCCCAGGCCAGCAGGAUACCAAUCCCCUGCACGCUCUGCGAUGAAUGGCCAAAGGAUGCCCCAGGAAAUAAUGGCUCCAAGGAGGACCGAACAGUUCACGAUAUGAGGGCAGAUAAGGCCGCAGCCGACGUAAGUGGGACUGAAGUCAAAGUAAAACCUGCGCAUGGAACAAUCACAGAGGUGAAGUACUCGACAGCAUUCAUCUAUUUAUUUCUGGAUUCUAUGGUGACAUGAUGGCACAUGGUUACUUUUUUUGGUGGAUAAUGCCUAUUUUGAGCUUCAUUGUCGACCUGACUAGACAUUAUAAGCAUUGGGCAAGUAAACAAAAAGGCCAUGUCUGUACAGAUAACAAGAAAUCAAUUCACCGUAUUCUCAAAUGAAUGAACUAUGUUUUCCAGAAGAUAUUAUGAAAACCUCCAGUGUUUAAAUAACGGGUAACAUGCAUUUAUCAUCCAUAUUCUGUGCAAACCCUACCAACAGAAUGCUUGCUUUCAUGCAUGUAGUGAGGUAUAAAGGAUCACUUCGAUACAGGUGCUUAUCAAAUAAGAAAUGGAACAGAAAGGAAGAUCAGAGGUCGGAGAGGGUUACGUGUUCUUGUAAGCUGCGAGCCCAAGGGUUGGGAAAUUAUCAAAACCACACGAAUCCCCAAUUCCGCUGAAAAACCAUUUGAAACAGCUCCAGAAGAAGCUUAUGCUCAGGUACUUCCCGAGGCAGUGGACUUGCUUCCUGUAAGUAGCAGAGCAGGGCCCAUUAAUGAUACGAUUUUAGCACUACAAUUGCCCAUUCAGGAGAGUUGCAACAUGUGACAUAGCAUAGAAAGGAGAGAAUUUUGACAAAGUCCUCAGAAGAUCAUUUGAUGUUUGCUUUUUUUUUACUUCAUGUUUCCUGAUAAUAACCUCAGAGAUAUUGUUUCAGAUUAUAAUUCUAUUGGAUGGUCGGUCAAUUUCAUCCCUCCGUUCCAGUUGCUGAUCUGAUUAAGGAAGUCACGGAGUCCUUAAUCUUUCAAGGGUUGUUGGCUGAAUGAUUCUGGUUCUUGAGCUAUCCUGUUGAUUAAUUGUGAAUCACAAUUAUCAUAUCUGUUCAUUUAAUAAUGUAGAUAUUCCGACUCGUUUUCUAGUUUCUUAUUUUUUGGUUUUUUUAUAAUCUUCUAGCAGUUUAUUCCUACCCAUAGGUCAACACAAGUGUUCCGAUUUAUAAUGCCCAAUCCUUCUUAUUAGCUUUUUUCUUUUUUCUAUUCAGCUCAUCGUAUUUGCCUGAUCCACGCACACUUAAUUUUCUAGACUGGAAAGGCACGGACUAUAAUUUUCAAGAACUUUCAAGAUAAUGCACCCGCAGAAAAAAAAAGGUCAGUAAUGGAUCCUCAGAAACUAUAUUAUAUCAUUUUUUUUCUUCUUCUGAAUGAAGUAAUAGCAUGAGGCAGUGGGAGUUCUCCAAGUGUACCAUUACCCUGCAAGUUCUGCUCCUGUAUUCGUAUGAAAACUAUUGAUCAGCAUUGCAGUAGCUGUCCCACUGGGGUAUGUAAGUUUAUAGUCAAUGACCAUUACCUGGAGAAGAAAAAGAAGGAAAAAAACGUAUAAGCAUUUAAGAAAAAAUAAUACUAGGAUUGCUUUCCACCGUUCAUAAACUGGUCCUUCAUUCCCUCAGUUAUUGGCUACACUCUCAUUGUUCCAUCCUUUUCGUUACUUUCAAUAUUUCACCAUGGUUCUUACAAUAAUCAUAAUGUUUCCUGAUUUAAUAUUAUUUUCUUAGGGUUCAUCAGAUUUCCAGAGGGUAUGAUUUCUAUGAGCAAUGAAAGGGGCAAAAUUUACCUCAUUGAUAUUUUAGUUGAUUGAAGCGAAAAAGGGUAUUUGCAGUGGGAAAAAAAAAAAGGAGUAUUGAGACCAGUAUCCAGGCAGAUGAAUCGCUGAGGAUAGAGCACCUUGCGGAGAGGAACGAGGCUGAAAAUUCCUAGAAAACUGACGACGAACAUGAACCCUAUCAUCCAACCCAGCGAUGGAUUCUUGACGUCUUCCGCCCUGUUGCCCGGAUAAUUGGCGCCGAUGAGUUCAUACGUCUUCUGGUCCAUGGCAAUUAUGUACGACCCAAAGCCACCUGAAUGGUCAAGACAGUCAAAUGAAUCCAUCACCGGCGUCUGAUUCUUUGCUUCUCCAAGCGGAUUUUCACAAGGGAGAACAUCGAAGCGGGAAGAGAUUGGAAUUACCGCUGAAGGCGAUCCCGUAGCAGGCCACGACGCAGGUCUGGAUGACGGUGUUCUCCUGCGGCGUGAACGGGACGGUCCAGACGCCCAGCUUGGAGAGGAAUCCCAUCCAGCUCUUGACGAAGAAGAACCCCAGCAGCCCCGCGGCCACGUUGAGGGACGGGAUCACCCCCACCGUCAGGUUCAGCUUGUGCGAUAUUAUACAGAAGAGCGUCCCCAGCAUGGCGCUCACAACAAGCCCCCUCACCGAGAUCUGCUCCCUCCAUGGCUGCACCUUCACCCCCUCCUCCGCCGCCCCCCCCCGUGGCCCCGCCCCCGCCGACAACAGCGGCUCCGCGAUCUCCACCCCUGCCUGGCCCUCCGUCCCCAUCUCUCCCUCUCUCCCUCCGAUCUGA